AUGCUCUACCUCACAGGCUUACCUGGACUAGAAGCCAUUGAACACUGGAUUUUCAUCCCUUUUUUCUUUAUGUACCUGGUCGCCAUUUCAGGCAAUUGUUUUAUUCUGAUGCUUAUUAAGACCAAUCCUCGUCUGCACACACCCAUGUACUAUCUACUGUCCCUGUUGGCUUUCACUGAUCUGGGACUGUCUGUGUCCACCUUGCCCACCACUAUGGGAAUCUUUUGGUUUAAUUCCCAUGGUAUCUACUUUGGAGCCUGCCAAAUCCAGAUGUUCUGCAUCCACUCAUUUUCCUUCAUGGAGUCCGCAGUCCUCCUUGUCAUGUCCUUUGAUCGCUUUGUAGCCAUUUGCCACCCCCUGCGGUACUCUGUCAUCAUUACAGGUCAGCGAGUGAUCAGGGCAGGCCUAGUUGUCAUCCUUCGGGGUCCUGUGGGGCUUGUUCCCAUAGUCCUUCUCCUGAGAGUGUUUCCUUAUUGUGGGCAUCGAGUCCUCUCCCAUUCCUUCUGUCUGCACCAGGAAGUGAUACACUUGGCCUGCAUAGAUACCACCUUCAACAACCUGUAUGGACUGACAUUGGUGGUGCUCACUGUGAUGUUGGAUCUGGUGCUCAUUGCCCUGUCCUAUGGUGCCAUCCUGCACACAGUCGCAAAACUGGCCUCCCGGGAGGAACAGCUCCGAGUCUUUCAAACGUGUACUUCACACCUCUGUGCUGUGUUGAUAUUCUUUGUGCCCAUGGUAGGGCUGUCCCUAGUGCACCGAUUUGGGAAGCAUGCUCCACCCGCUGUCCACCUGCUGAUGGCUAAUGUCUACCUCUUUGUGCCUCCCAUGCUCAACCCAAUCAUAUAUAGUAUUAAGACCAAGGAGAUCCGCCACGCCAUUGGAAAGUUUCUGGGACUCAGAAAGGCCAGUGCUGAGUCCUGGGGUUAA